CCUGGGUGUGUUUUUGGGGUGUCCCGAUCCCUCUGGGUGUGUUUUUAGGGUGUGUCUGCCCCUCUGGGUGUGUUUUUAGGGUGUCCCCGCCCCUUCUGGGUGUAUUUUUAGGGGAUCCCAAUCCCCCUGGGUGUGUUUUUAGGGGAUCCCAAUUCCUCUGGGGGUGUUUUUAGAGUGUCCCGAUCCCCCUGGGGGUGUUUUUAGGGUGUCCCCGCCCCUUCUGGGUGUGUUUUUAGGGCCGAGCUCCCCCCGCCCCCUUUGUGUGGGUGUGUUUUUAGGGGGCGGGAUGAUCCCGAUCCCUCUGGGGGUGUUUGUAGGGCCGGGAUCCGCCCGCCCCCUAAAAACACCCCCGCCCAGAGGGGCGGGCGGCUCCCGACCCUACAAAUCCCGUCCCGCAUUCCCGUCCCACAUUCCCGGUCCCCCCCGUUCCUCGCUCGGCUCUUCCGCCGUCCCGGGACCCCCCAAAUCCCAUGGGGGGCUUUUGGGGAGCGGCCCCUCCGUCCCCCCGGGGGGCCCCGAACCCCCCCGAGCCCAAACCGGCCCCGGCCCCGCCCCGGCACUGAAAGGAAUUCCCGGGAAGAGCCGAGCCGGGGGAGGAUGGAGAGCAAGGCCUUGGACCUGCAGCCCUUCGGAGAGCGGGAAAACGGCUCCGGGUUCGAGGAUUCCCUGGAAAACAGGAGGAGCCUUUCCAAGCUCCAGCUCUGCGAGGCCGAUCCCGGGCUGAGAUCCGGGGGAUGCUGCAGCUCCCGGAUGGGCUCCGGGGCCGCCCUCAAAUAUUCCGUGGGGCUCCUUUACCUCCUGGUCCUCCUCAUCCUCGUGGGAAUCUUCGUCCUGGCAGCAUCCCGCCCUCAUCCCUCCCCGGAGGAGCUCCGGGCUCUCCUUGGGAACGUCCAACGCCUCAACGAGACCUUCCGCGACCUCCAGCUCCAGCUCCUGCUGCUCCCGGCCCGGGGGGAAAUCCUGGAUCACGUCUGGAGGCUCCAGGACCUCCUCCAGAACCACUCGGAUUCCCUGCUCCGGGCGGGAGCGACGCUCCGGAGGCUCCAGGAGCUCCUGGAGCUGCUCCAGAGCCGGGCGGGACAGACGGACGCGGCCGUGGUCGCGCUCCGGGAUUCCCUGAGCCGGCAGGGAGACGCUUCCCAACAGGAGCUCUCCCGGCUUUCCGUGGCCGGGAACGGCUCCCGGCUGCUCCUGGAGCAUCUCCGACUCCUGGAACGCCUGGGAGGCAGGACGGAGACCUUGGGAGAGCAGCUGGAUCUCCUGGGUGGGUCCGUGGAUUCCAUGAACAGGAGCUUCUCCUACGAGCUGGGACUGCAGCGUUCCUGGCUCCGGGAUCUGGGCGGGAUCGUCGGGAAUGUGACGGAAGAGGCGAGGAGGGCGAGGAGGGGGCGGGAGGAGCUGGAGGGGAGGCUGAGGCUGGAGCUGGGAAUGCUGAGCAACGUCACGGAGGAGCUGCGGAUCCGCCACUGGGAGCACGCGGUGGCCCUGAGGAACAUCUCCGUCAUCCGCGGUGAGCCGGGAAUCGGGGCGGGAAUGGGGCGGGAAUGGGGCGGGAAUGGGGUGGGAAUGGGGUGGGAAUGGGCCCUGUGGGGGGUGUGGGGUUGGUGGAGUUUUCCCGGGGAGCGGGGAAGGCUGGGGCUGAAGGGGGAUCCGGGAGAGCCGGGCCCGCCCGGGAACCCGGGAAUCAGGGGAGCCAAAGGGGAGCGGGGCCCGAAGGGGGAAAAGGGGGAUCGAGGCGGAGCCGCUGGAAAAGGUCCCGAGGAAGGCUCCCUGCGGCUGGUGAACGGUUCGGGGCCGCACGAGGGGCGCGUGGAGAUCCUGCACGGGGGCCGCUGGGGCACCGUCUGCGACGACGGCUGGGACGGCCCCGACGGAGCCGUCGUGUGCCGGGCCCUGGGAUACCCCGGAGCCGACGACGUCUUCCGCAUGGCCCGCUUCGGGCAAGGCUCCGGCAGGAUCUGGAUGGACGACGUUUCCUGCACGGGCACCGAGGAUUCCCUGGAGCUCUGCAGCUUUUCGGGGUGGGGACGGACCAACUGCGGGCACGCCGAGGACGCGGGGGUCAGGUGUAGGACCCCCUGAGAUUUUGGGGUCAGGUGUCGGACCCUCUGAGAUUUUGGGGUCCCCACAGACCCCCCUGAGCUUUGGGGUCAGGUACCAGACCCCCCUGAGCUUUUGGGGUCCCCACAGACCCCCCUGAGCUUUGGGGUCAGGUGCCGGACCCUCUGAGAUUUUGGGGUCCCCACAGACCCCCCUGAGCUUUGGGGUCAGGUAUAGGACCCCCUGACAUUUGGGGUCAGGUGCCUGACCCCGCCCGAGCUUUAGGGGUCCCCACAGACCCCCCUGAGCUUUGGGGUCAGGUGCCUGACCCCCCCCGAGCUUUAGGGGUCCCCACAGACCCCCCUGAGCUUUGGGGUCAGGUGCCGGACCCCCUGAGAUUUUGGGGUCCCCACAGACCUCCCUGAGCUUUUGGGGUCCCCCACAGACCCCCCGGGGGGGCUCAUCCCCCCCCCUCUGCAUCCCGCUGGGCCUUGGGAAGGGUUUUAUUCCGGGAGAAAUAAAGGAAUAAAGGAG